CUGGUGCAUUUUGGGUUAUCAACAAAAAUGGCGGUAACGAAGUGAGAAUACCCAACGGCUUGUGAAGUGACAAGAUUUUAUCUCCAAAUAAAGCCUUCAAACGUCAGCUAUCCGAGCCACUUAUCGAUGUAUCUGUUCUACAUUCUAUACGACUGGAAGAACCGGGAUAUCGUUUCUGAGGAGUUUGUUGUUUAUUUCUUUAUGUUUCUGUUGACUUUGCUACAACUGUGUUGACACUCCUGUGGUUACUAACUUGGCAAGAAAUUUAACAAUUCAAGAUGACAGCUGGUAUGAUAAAAGUACCGAGUAUUAUGCCACUACGGCUACCAGAAAGCGGUCGAAAGAAUAUCAUAGGUACUACCACGCCGAUUGAACUACACACUGAUACUCCAGACACGAUCAUCUACUACACCAUCAACGGUAUGAAACCGGAACCGUUCAAACAAAUUGGCAUGAAGUGCACUUACAGGUACAACAAGCCGUUUGUAUUAGGCAUAGGAAAGAGAACAGUAAAAGCAAUGGCGACGUCAUCUGAUGGUACAAGAGAGAGUUCCAUCGUAACCAAGACAUUUAUAGUCGAGCAAGAUUCUUAUUCUGAUGUAGCAGACGAGCUUCAAAAUAGUAUGCAGUCAGUAUCGACCAAUGGAAAUCUGAGGAAUUCUACUGGAGCUUUUAUGGAGGAAUUGAUAGGUGAUUCAGGGGGCAUAGAUACAAUGGAUGUAAGAAACAAAGCCACUGGCUCAGUAGCUUGGGGAAGUGUCACCAAACGACCUCUGACCUCAACCCCAGAUAUCAGGAGGGGGCAAACAGGGUCUGAAUUUAGAAAACCACACUCAGAACCAAGAUUCAUGUCUGCAAGAUUUGGCUCCAACAAAGCCACCAUUGCCACUCCAGACCAAUCAUUUGCUGGCAUUGAUGCUGAGUCACGUGACAUGCAAGGGCCAGACAAUAAGACCCAGGUUACAAAAAGGCAGCAAGAAACUGAUUAUUUAAAGUGUAUUUUUUGCUUUGCUGCUCGACCAUCAGAUCCAUUUGCAAGGUUCUGCACAGAGUGUGGUUCUCCGUUGCCACCAAUGCCGCAGUCACGCCUACCUCCCCCAGAAGGAGGUAAGUUAGGCAUGUGUGUCUCCUGUCAUUCAAUGGUACCCAUGAACACAACAAACUGUAUUGUGUGUGAAGUCCCUAUUCCCCCUCAAUGGCAGCCCCAAGCUACUAAAAAGCUUCUCGCUAAGCUUGUUUGUGUUUCCUGUGGUACCGCCAACCCACCUGACUUAAAGGUCUGUGUGACUUGUGAAGCUAGACUUCCUCAGGAUGCUAAACAGAUCUACUCAGGAACUAAUGCACCUCCGAUACCCAAGAGUGACAUGGGAAGUUUUAUAACAUGUUCAAAGUGUACAAGGGUGAAUAGUAGUGAUGCCAGAUACUGUGACUGGUGCGGGGAGAAGCCUUCUCUCUACCUUUCCCCAAUAGUGUGCUCGCAGUGUGAGGCCUCCAACAAACCAUUCUCACGUUUCUGCAACUCCUGCGGGUGCACUAUAGACCCCCCACCAAGAGUGACGCAUAGCAUGGCGUCUAGCGUGAUUGGCAUGCUGGUAGAAAAGGACACCAUCCGUGAGAGGAUGGGAAGAACAGAUAGCGCCACUUGGCUUCCUGUUUCCAUGCCAACAUCAUUUGCUGAGAAAGAAGAUAAAGCAACUUCAACUGUUGGCCUCUUCUAUCCAUCUUCACAAGCUCUGUCUGCACAGAGUGAGCUAGAGGGUACAGAGCGCGGCCGACUUGAAGCAUCACGCGAUAGGAGACCCGCCCUAGCGGCAGUAAGUCCUGGUCAAGGAUACUGGAGACAACAGAUGGACCACGUCUGCUCGCAUCUCCGCGCACACGCUCAGAACAACCCUGACUUUAGGAGUAUCAUUGGUGAACCACGCCUUGGGAAGAUCAUCUCUGCGGCGGUUCACGAAGAUCUUAAUGGCGAUGAGGUAACACUGACAGUGACUUAUGCGCGGCGGGAUGGGAAGGAACAGUGGAAAGAAAAAACUAGGGCAGUGGAAGAAAGCCUGCGAGCUCUGACGUUAGGGAGAACUGCGAGUAGAGAUAGUUUGAAUAACAGUCAGACAAGCUUAAGAAGUAUUCAGAGUAAUUCUAAAGGCAAGAGCAAGAAAGUGAAGAAGAAGACAACUAGCCAGAAGACAGGUAAGGUACCAAAACUUAAGGAAUCUGAACGUUUAUUGAUAAAAGAGCUGGGCGCCAAGGGCCAAGGAAGAGAAGAGGAAGUGGAAAGGCUGCUAGAUGAGGGUGCGAACCCAGACGUCGAAGCACCUGAUGGCACACCACUGAUUAUCCAUGCCACCGCGAACAAACACCUAGACUGCCUUGCUACCUUGGUUAACGCUGGUGCAAAUGUAAAUGCGAAAAAUCUUUCCAAGGGAAACACAGCCCUCCACACUGCCGUCCUCUUAGGGGGUGAUGGGGCAAAGUUUGUGGAUGCGUUACUUGGCCUGGGUGCCAAGAGUGACUUGAAGAAUGACGCGGGACAGACACCUUAUGAUCUCGCAGUGUCAUCUGGCCAUGACUCCAUCGCUAAAAGGUUUGCGUCCAACGUAGGGGAUGAACUACUCCAGAAACUAACUAAACCACAGAAAACCAAAUUCACAGCCGAAUAGCAAUAUGUAUCAUUUUGAUUUGAUGUGUCACGCGAUGCGUCGACUUGAGAGAUAGACAAUACGAUGCACGUCAGAGAUAGAUGGUGUGACAUGUUGUCGCGUCGCGCCAGUUGUCGUGUUUAGCUGCGACGUAGCGAAAAGACGUGUAACCUUUUUGCAUUGUCAAAGGAGCGUGGCGUGUUACACAGGUCGCGAAAUCUCGAGGCCAUAUAGCGCAACACUUUGCAAAGAGCAUAUCUAAUAACGCCUCAGGUAACAUUUCGACAGUGGUUGUUUUUUAACCUUUUGCUUUUAUACUUAGCAAUUUACAACUUGACUUAAUAUUACAGUGGGACCUCGAUGUAAAGAUAUAGCAAAAAUUAAGUCACUGUUUUAUCGAUAAUAUCGAGUUAAUCCUUAUUAAUUCUUAUACCAAGAAUAUCUUUAUAUUGGGUAUCUUAAAAUCGAGGUUCCACUCUAGUUUGUUUCUCAAGUUUGUUUUUAAAUUUUAUUUACUUUUUUAAAUACUCACUUUCCCAGGCCCCCAUUUUUUUUGAACCACUGCUAUUUGCAUUUCCUGUCAAGCACCUGUCCGUAUUUCUCUUUUGUGGUUUUGCACUUGCGAUUCCCUGAGCUUUAAAUCAAUCGAAAAUUCCGAUCCUGGUUUAAGUUUGAUACUGCCCGUAUUAUAAUUAACGCUGCGAUAUUAUUUGACUACUAUUCCGAGACUUCGAAAUUAGAGUUACGAAUCAAAAUGAUGCUUUUUUGAUUUGCAUCUCUUAUAUUCGCCGAAUUGACUGAGUUCAAAGAUAGAAUCGGAUUUUUGUUGUUGUGGUUGUUGUUUGAUUGGCAUUUUUCUCGGAUUCUUAUUGAUCAGGCAGAGCUGAAUGUUUUAAAAACAUGCUUUUUAAUUUUGGCUUUUUAAUUUUUGCUUUGUAUUUAUGUAUUUAUUAAUUAUUAAUGGUUUCAUAGCGUAACAGACGUGGACUCAGACAUUUAAAAGAUUAGUUAAAAGAUUUGGAAUAAGGGAAUUGGAAUGAAAUUUACGUCACCAUUUGUGUAAGAAAGUUAUUGGAAGUUUUUGUUGGGCGUAUUUUUUUUAGUUUGGAAACCAUUUUUCUUCACAAUCAAUAUACGCACAGCAAGAAAGUAUAGGCCGAUAAUAAUGGCUUUAUAAACAAAUAAGGCAAGGUUUAUUUGAUAUUACGAGCCUGGUCAAACGGUUGUAAAAUGGCAUUGAAACAUAUAAUAUAUGUAUAUAUAUUAGUUGCUGACUAUGUAGACUAUUCUGAUUCUUCUCUCCUUGCGAAAUCCCGUUACUCAAUUUCCUGAUAAAGAGCGGGGAAGAUUCACGCAGAGUCGCUUCGAACUACUUUACGCAAAGAGCUGAGUUAAAGUUAGGGAGGUUGAAUCCUAUGUCUAUGAUGUAUGAGGUGCGAACUGUAUUUAUUGUUUAUUUGUUUUUAUGAUAUAUAAUUGUGAUAUAUCUUUUCUUAAACGAGAAACGCACGUAUCGUGACCCAUCAUCACCAUCUAUUUGUCGAACGUCUACUCUGUAACUUUUACUCCGCGUAAUGCCUUUUUUCACAUCAGCCCUAUCGCUUACACUAGCUUCU